CGCCCACCCCGGGUCUGGUGGUCGAGCAGGGUAUCUCGGCCCGCCCACCCUGGCUCUGGUAUUUCCCUUGUGGGCGGGGCUGUCGGGCACAUCGAGUCCUCUGUUCCCCUGAUCUGUCAAAACACAAAGUAGCCUACAUCAGAGGAAGGACCUACCGUUAAAGUACAUCGAGUUUAUUAAAAGUCGGAGCUUUGGUUUCCCGGAGACUCGGAGAGGGCGACGCGGUGACGACAGAGAAGAAGAAGAAGAAGUGGUCCUCCUCCCUUUCAUCACCCGCUCUCGAACGCCAUGGCUCUGUUCUUCUCCAGGGCCGUCACCAGUUCUCCAAUCAAACAGCGGCCCUCGCAGGCCGACCAAUCAUUUCAGAGCCUGGACCUGUCGCUCCUCUCCGACGACUCCUCCUUCUCCUGCUACUCCUCCAACCCGGCGGGCGGCUCCCCCUGCUCCUGCCGCCGCUCCCGCCGCCUGCUCACCAACGGCUACUACGUCCUGGGGGAGGACAGCGUGGUCUGGGACGACCAGGGCAACAUCUCCCUCACCCCCUCCAAGACCAACGUGUCCUACAAGGAGAACCUGGUCAGAGUGUUCCGGCGUAAACGGCGCUCCCGGCGCUCGCUAGCUAGCCUGCUCAGCGGCGUGACGGAGACGUGUCAGACGUGGCUCGACGAGAAGGUGUUCGGGGGCGUGUUCACAAGCGCCGUCGACGCCGACGCCGACGAACCGACCCGGAUGGAGCUCAGCACGCCAGAACCUGAGAGCACCUUCAGUUUUACCUACGACCACAGCGAGAUCAUCUCCCCACCACAGAAGGAGGCCCCUCCCCCCCGGAUCCUCUUCCAGGAGGAGAUCUGCACUGAGACCUGUCACUCACAUGAGCAGUUCACCCAAUCACUGGGUGGCCUGUCCGAAGUCCGGCCUACCCCUCUGGUCUUUCACAGUAACAGCUGCUGUUCCUCACCAGAAAGACAGACAGGUUCAUCGACGAUGAAGUCCUUGCUCAGCUUCCUCUUCACCUUCUUCAUCUGUGCCUCCCUCCUCUCCUGGUCGCUGCUGUGGGCAGCAGCAUCUGCUGCGCUCAUCACCAUCCUGGCCUUCAUGCUCUUCAGUAAGACGGGACCGAUGGGUGGAUGGAGGACAGCCAAGACAGAGGAUAUCACGUCAAAGAAUGAGUAGACACGGGCGUCGUCCACGGCAACCGCCCCCCCCCCCCCCCCCCCCUGGUUUCCUGGAACACACACACACAUACUCAAAUGC